AUGGCGCUACGUAUUGGGCAAAUCCUUCGUGGGGCCAAAGGAAACUAUGAACUUUUACGGUCGUUGAAAGGCUCUACUGUCUUCAAAGCCAGAGUUCUAUCUGGCUCUUCUACCCAAGCAAAAUGGGCUAUAAUUAAAUCAGCCGCAACUGAAAGCGAGAGAAUGUGCUUAAGGCGCGAGCAUCGCAACUACAAAAUCGAUAAGAUCGCUUCAAGUCCAUAUAUUCGAGCACUGUACGAUACUAUACAGUUGGAUACAUCUCAAGACGAUACCGUGCAUUUGAGUACAUCUCGAGACAACGCCUCAUGUUUAGUAUUCGAAUGGAUGGAUCAUGACUUACGAGCGGUAACUGCGCCAGAGUUCCGGAGUGACUCAAAACUACCAAAGGCUGUGUGCCAUGGAGUUUUAUCAGCACUUGAUGUUUUGAAGACGCUUGAUGCGGUUCAUACAGACAUCAGUCCAAAUAACAUAUUUAUUUCCGAUAUUGAUGGGAGGCAGCCAGUCGCAAAGCUGGGGGAUCUUGGAAACAGCAAGUUGAUCAGGGAUAGCUCCGCAACUCAACGUGCUCAAUGCCUGCCGUGUAGAGCGCCGGAGGUCUGGAGAGGGCAAUCGUGUCGACACGCUUCCGAUAUCUGGUCUCUUGCUGUCACAUUAACCACGAAACUAUCGCCACUUGGUUUGUUCGGCACCGGCGAUAAAAUUAUCGAGGGUCAUGCAGAGGCAUGGUGCAUUGCGAAAAUCAUAUGUCUUGUUGGCCCGCUAGGUCUGCCUGUCAAUCGCCAGUUCAAAGAAGAGUUUGAGUUUGCCGCAAAGUUAGCUGUCAUGAACCAUCCAAGUGGUAUCAUGAAGCUCAUUGAUCGACUCAACUGGCGCGAGGAGCUGCAGCAUAUCCCAGAUCCCCCAGUACCAUCAGACGUGAUGGAUUUUAUCGAAUCUUUACUUGUCAUUGACCCCGAAAAGAGGCCUACGGCGUCGGACGCGUUGUUGCACCCUUAUCUACAACCUACUGCAUGA